AUGAACCCACAAGCAACACAAGGAUCAUCCUCAUCAGCUGGAGGUGGUGCUUCAUCAUCACAAACCAGCUUACCUAACACAAUUGCGAAUAAUGCUGGAAAUACAAUUUCUUGUGGAGAUUUAUUAACGUCCUUUUUUAAUCAAAAUCAUCAUCAACAAAAUAUGAAAGCCGGAGCAUCAGCUAAGCAACAACAACAAUAUGUCCAGCAAUUAAUUCAGGAGGAUUUAGAUGAUUUUCAGAAUCCGAAUUCCAAAAUGUUUAAGAAAUUUCUUUAUCAAAUGGUUGUCAAUCAACUUAAACAUGAUGGAUUUCAAGGAGCAGCAAAUGCUGUUUCAGAGGCUCUUUUUUUAGAUCAAGACAUCAACCUUUAUGAAAAAUCUCCCCAUCGAUUGAGUGAAUUAGUUUUGCUUGGAUUGGAAGCAGAGAAGGAAUUAAAACUUGAUUUAUUUGUGGAUCCAUUCCCAGGUAGUACCAAGAAAUCUUCAAAAAAGAGAAAAGGGGAUUUUGCGAGCCAACAAGGACAUUUACUUACGCUAGGAGAGAACUUUUACAAAACCACCAUCCCAGAAGGAACAUCAACACAAUCUAAAUCCUCUGGAUUGUCACCUGAUGGAUUGGCCCUAAAGAAUUGUACAUUCACAACUAAAUUUAUCACCACCCACAAAGGAGCUGCCAGAUGUGCAAAAUUUUCUAAUGAUGGAAGAUAUGUAGUUACCGGAUCAGCUGACUGCUCGCUUAAAUUAUUGGAUGUCACUAGAAUGAAUUAUCAUCAUCAAACAAAAGCAGAGGUGGAAGAUUAUUCAAAUGCUAAACCAGUCAUUAGGACAUUCUAUGACCACCAAAUGGACAUUAAUGAUGUUGAAUUCCAUCCAGUAUUACCAAUUAUCAUAUCUGCCUCAAAGGAUAGAACUAUCAAAUUUUUCGAUAUUACUAAACCAAGCGUUAAAAGAGCAUUCCAUACAAUUGAUGAAUCACACAACGUUAGGACUAUAUCAAUGCAUCCUUCUGGAAAUUAUUUACUUGUAGGAACAGAAGACUCAAUAAUUAGAACUUAUGAUUUAACAAAUAAUUACAAGUGUUAUGCUUCUUCAAAUUCGUAUGAUAAUCAUAUGGGUGCAAUUAAUCAAGUACGAUACUCAUCAGAUGGAAAGAUGUUUAUCAGCGCUGGAAAAGAUGGCUCUAUUAAAUUAUGGGAUGGAGUAAUUGGAAGAUGUGUCACAACAAUUCCAAAAGCGCAUGGAGAGGCCGUUUUUAGUGUACAAUUUUCUCAAAAUUCCAAAUAUUUCUUAUCUGGAGGUAGUGAUGCAAUUAUUAGACUUUGGGAUAUCUCAACAGGAAAACAAGUUAGAACUUAUGAACCACCUAAUCCACAUGAACUCACGUCCAGAGUUCAAACCACCUUCACCUACAAUGAAAGUGGUGUUGUUUCAUCCUUCCAUAACGACAUCUACAUGUGGGACACUAGAAUGACAUCCAUUUCUCAUCACCUCUCUGGUCACAUUAAACCAGUUCGUUGGGUUGCCACUUCUCCAUGUAUGCAUGCCUUCAUGUCCUGUAGUGAAGAUUUAAGAGCUCGUUUUUGGAAUGGUGAGCCUUAA